UUCAACAGGAACGGUACCUUGAGAACGGAUAAAUUGUUUUCCAUCAAUACGGGGGAAAUAAUAAAUAUUCAUUUAUAUACAUAUAUAAAAACGAGAAAACCAAACAAUAUUCUAAUACAUAAAGUUACAAACAAGCAAAUAUAUAACAAUAUAUAUAUAAAUUCUUAUAUACACAAAGAAAUUGUAUAUGUAUACAAAUAAGCAAAAAAAAAAAAGAAUAAAAAACGGCAGCCACAGCGUAUUACUGAGAAAAAAAGGUUCAAAAGCCUAAAAGUAUACUAACGAUUUUUUAACAUUUAACUAAAAGACAAGAAAAGUGUGUAUAUAAUUUAUUUUUGGUGAAAACAAAAAGUUACUGCAACAAUUUUCUUUUACAAGUUUUAAAGAAAAUUUAAUUUAAACUUUAAAAAAAAUAUUUAAAGAAUUUCCUGCAAGUCAAACAAAAAAAAAACAUAUGUUAAAGUAAAUACAAGGAAAACAACAUAAAAAGUUAAAAAUUAUUUAAAUUAAAGAUUUAAAAGAAAUUUAAUUGGCUUUAGUGACUUUUCAGUUAAGUGUAAAAGAAUAUUCAAAAAAUUAUUGGUGUCAGUGUGUUAAAAAAGAAACGUGUAACACGUGAGAUACAUUAAAAGAGAAGAAAAGCAAACAGUAUUUAGUAUUACGAUUACAUCUUCAAAUAUACAAAAUCAACAAAGGACCAAAAAUAAGUGAAGAAGAUUGAUAAGUAAUCACACGCACUCACUCUUACUAACAUUUACUAGUAAAUUGCCAAAAGGACUUUAAUGGCAAAAAGGAAAUAAAGCAUAAAAUAUACAAGGAAAACAAUUAACGACUUUGUGUGUGUGUCGGUGCCAGUGUAAAAGUGAUUGUAAAAAUUGUGAACAACAGCAGCAGCAGAAACUUCAAUUACUUUUGUAGUAAUAAAAACAAUUAACAAUAUCACUACACACAUAUUAACCAAACCACCAACACCAACAUCCCAACACAACAUCAACAACAUGUCAGAAAUUGUUGAAUUAAAUGUGGGUGGCGUACACUACACCACCACUAUGGAUUCAUUGCUACAGGAUAAAUCAUCAUUGCUACAUGAACUUUUUAGCAAUAAGGAUGAUUUAAUCAAAGACAGCAAGGGCCGCUAUUUCCUUGAUCGUGAUGGUGUCCUCUUCCGCUACAUAUUAGACUAUCUGCGUGACAAAACUUUACAGUUGCCCGAGGGAUUUCGCGAAAAACAGCGCUUGCAGAAAGAGGCCGACUACUUUAAACUUCAGGGCAUGUCGGAAUGUUUGCGCAAAGAACGUGAUACACGUUCACCCGGCUGCAUAACUAUCGGAUAUCGUGGCAGUUUUCAAUUUGGCAAGGACGGUCUGGCCGACGUCAAAUUCCGGAAGCUGUCACGUGUCCUGGUAUGCGGUCGAGUUGCUUUGUGCCGUGAAGUUUUCGGUGAUACCCUCAAUGAAUCACGUGAUCCCGACCAUGGUGGUCCCGAUCGUUAUACCUCCCGUUUCUUCCUGAAGCACUGUUUCAUCGAACAGGCAUUUGAUAUGUUGCACGAUCAAGGUUUUCGUAUGGCGGGCAGCUGUGGUUCCGGUACAGCGGGUUCGGCAGCAGAACCUAAGCCCGGCGUUGAUACCGAAGAGAAUCGAUGGAAUCAUUAUAAUGAGUUUGUGUUUGUCAGAGAGUAAGGAAGCUGGAGUUUAGGCGCUAUAGUUUUUGCAGAUGUUAAA